GAAGGUUGAAGGUUUGAAUCUCGGUGCCUCCAGUCCAUGUGUCUAAGUGUCCUGGGGCAAGACACUGAACCGCCCCCGAUGGUUGGAGCCAUCGGUUGAGAUGGUGGUACAGACGGCUGCCUCGGUUCUGUACUGGAAACAAAUUCCUUGUGUGUAACAUACUUAAAGGUACAAUAAAGGUGACUAUCCCAUGCAAUCUAAUACAACAGUUCAGCCAUAAAAUGGAAAUAUAAUUUAGUUAAGUACAGCAAUAAUUAACACUGGCUGCAUGCAUCUCUGACAAUAGCAACAAAAACUAAAUGUUACUCUGAAAAGGUUAAAUUUAUGGCAGAGCUGAUGGAUGGUAUGGUGGCUCUGAGAGCUCAAAACACUGCAGUUUAAGAAAACACAUGCACAUAGACAUAGCACUGAGGAACAAAAUGCCACAACCACUUAACUUAAAAUGGAGCCAUAACUGAUUACUUUCUCAACAAAUUGCUGUAGUUUAUAAAGUAGCAAAAAAUGAUGAAAACUUCCUGUUAUAGUUUCCUACAGCCCAGUGUGAUCUCCUCAAAUCACACUUGGUUUAUUAACAACAAACAAUAUAUUCCCCCAGUUGAAAAGCUGUACCCAUCAAGUGUCUGGUAUUUUUGCUUUUACUUGUAAUAAAGUACUUUUAGAAUGUGUACUUUAACAUAAGUAAAGGAUUUGAACACUGCUCUGUCUGCAUCACUGGUCAGAGAGAAGUCACGAGUUGGUGGUCCUUGCCAGGUAGGGGCAUGUGGUUGGUUGGGGGGGGUCACCGUGCCCGUCCAUUAUGCCGUAAUCCUCCCUCGCUUUUCUGGAAAAACUGAAUAGCACUAGAAUCACUGACUCAAUUUUUGGAUCUCACUUUCAUGACAAAGCGAUUGUCCCCCUUUUGCCUCCACUGGUGCGGUUUAUAAAUGUGGGAGAGCGGGGAUAUAAAAGGGAUCGUGAGAGGCCAAUGCAACAUUGAGACCUCAGGGGAUCCACCGGCACAUCACCAAGGCUGUCCCACAUCAUAUCCAGUAUGGGCAGGAUCGUCUUCUACGAGGACAAGAACUUCCAGGGCCGCUGCUAUGAGAGUGACAGUGACUGCUCGGAUUUCCACGCCUACCUGAGCCGCUGUAACUCUGUCCAGGUGAAGAGUGGGGCCUGGGUGGUGUAUGAGAGGCCCAACUACACGGGCUACCAGUAUGUUCUGACCAGGGGUGAAUACCCAGAGUACCAGUGCUGGAUGGGCCUCAAUGACCGCCUCAGCUCCUGCAAGAUGAUUCACUUUACCAGUGGGACCCAGUACAAGAUGCAGCUCUAUGAGAAGGCAGACUUCGGAGGCCAAGCCGUCGAGGCCACAGAGGACUGCGCCUCGCUGCUGGAGAAGUUCCGCUGGAGGGAGGUCAACUCCUGUAAGGUGGUUGACGGCUGGUGGGUUUUCUACGAGCACCCCAACUACCAUGGACGCCAGUACUUCCUGGAGAAGGGAGAAUACCGCAAGCCUGGUGACUGGGGUGCUGUUGGUGCUGCGGUCCAGUCCUUCAGGCGCUUCACUGAAUGAUUUACCCUCCACCCGAUAAAA